UUUCGUCUCAAUACAGAAGUUAUUUGAAACGAUUGGUAUUAUAAUAACGGUUGCCAUUGUCAACAUCUACCUAAUCAUCCCGGGUAUUUUCUUAAUUAUAAUAUUGGUGAUUGUGAGGGGUAUAUACAUGAAAUCGGCCAGGGAUAUUAAACGUUUCGAGGGGAUAACGAGAAGUCCAUUGUAUACUCACGUGAGCACAACCCUGAAUGGGUUGGCCAGUGUGCGGGCUUAUGGGGCACAGGAGGCCUUUGAGCGCCAGUACUAUGUCUACCAAAAUGACCAUAAUGCCACCUGGUUCCUAUUUGCAUGUACAUCCCGAGCCCUAGGCCUUAUUCUCGACUGGGUAUGUGUGGGAUAUUUAGUGGUCAUAGCCGUCGUGAUGAUGGUAUUCCCCGAACAGAUUGGGAACGGCGGUAGUGCCGGACUGGCCCUCACGUCAGCCCUAAUGAUGACCGCAGAAAUUCAAUGGGGAGUCAAACAGUCGGCUGAGAUGGAGAGUCAGAUGACUUCAGUCGAGAGAAUCAUAGAGUACUCGAAACUACCACAAGAGGCGCCAUUAGACUCGGAUGAUAGACACCGACCCCCACCUGACUGGCCAUCCAAGGGUCAGAUAGAGCUGAGGAAUAUGUCUCUCGUAUACGAGGGCUCAACCAAACCGGUGCUGAAGAACCUGUGCUGUAGUGUGAAGAGUGGCGAGAAGAUAGGUAUAGUCGGACGUACCGGUGCCGGCAAGUCGUCCAUCAUAUCAGCC